GAAGGUAUGUAACUACAAAUGAGGAUGGGUAUUACACAUUUUGAAGGGAAGCUUAUUAUAGCACUAGUGACACAAUAGAUAUUACAUACCUGAAUGCUGAGAUACAAGAUCAGAGAAUUUUGAAUAUAAUCAACCAACCGUUUGUAUGUAUCGAAAUUAAUAACAUGUAUUCAAUUUAUCAGCUCAAAAAAUACAAUUUCCUGGAACUAGCUGCGCUUGAUGCAUCAGAGGGAAUGUUAUCAGAAGCCAAAAAGAAGAAACUCUAUGGCCGCUACAUCAUUGGCGUGUUAGGGGAAAACGCUCUUGAUAUCAAUGACGAUACAUAUGAUGCAGUUAUCAUAUGUGGACUUAGUACUGACAUUAUGAGAAGACUACCCAUCCAAGCCUUUGAGACACUCAUUAGGAUUGUUAAAAAAGGCGGAUACGUUGUCAAUACAGGCUUUUACACAACGUUUACUGACGGUCACACUGAAACUGAGGAUUUCAGAGGACGCAUGCGAACACUGGAAUCUCAGGGCAAGUGGAAGCAAGUGGAAGUCAGGCGGUUUCAUCAGUAUCUCCAAGGCAGCGAUGGGGCUGUUUCUGUUCACAGGAUAUGUUAAACGAUUUGGCUUUUUCAGUUCACAAGAUAUGUU